UUUUAAAUAUUAUUCGUAUGAUCAAUAUGAACAAAAAGGUAUGAAAACCCAAUCUUAAGGGGAGGUUAACAAGCGAUUUCGCCCUUGGAAUUUUAAGAAAUUUAACAUUUUGAUGGCUUUGAGAUGGUUUCGAUACAAUAAUUUCCUUUACUAUCAAUUUUAGUUGAUAUAAUAAGUUAGCAAACUACUUCACUUAGCGUUAAGCGCUACAGAGGUAUGGGACCAAUCUAUAUUUACUCAUCUGUGGAAAUUUACACUCGAUGAAUUCUUCAAAUAUUGGAAAAUGAAUGAAAACGCUACUACGAAAAUUUUGAUCCGGAUCUAAACGGAAAUGCUAUCCUCGGCUUUUGAAUCGAAAUCGAAUUUUCUUAAAUCCUAUAUGAUAUCCUGGUGUGAAGGUGAUACUCUAAUUUUGGUUCCAAAAGUUUAAUGAGAGUUAUCGCUAGGAAUAAGAAUCCACAGAACCAGAGUUAGCUAAGCCCUAUUAGGACGGAUUACCCUCCUCUAGUGCAAGAAGUAGACAUUUUCCUUUACUUGCCCAGACUUUUCUCUAUUUCAGCCGUUUGAAACUGAUUCUGAUGCUUUGGGUAUAGCAAACAGGAGUAAAGUAUAAUGAGCUUCCAGUCAAAAGAGCCAGACUACAGAAAGAAGGAAAGAAGAUAUUUACUUCAACGAAAGAGCCUAAAGCAUCUGAAAUUCAGGCCAAACUUAACCACUAUGCGUAUCAGCCCAAGAGGUCGACUGCAAGAAAACUUAAGUACUACUUUGGCCCUUAUAGCCAGUACGAGUGAGUUACUAAAUAUGCUCCAUUACCUUUCGGUCCAAAAGAGAACGAAGAGAAGCCGAACUCCGGACUUUGGGGAAGACUCACUAAUUAUAUCUUUGAAGACAUGAACAAGACUAUUAGCAUCAACAAUAACUCCAAUGUUAAGAGGAAAAACUUUAUUAGACUCAGCAACCAGAAAAAGGGAGAUGAGAGUACUACUGGGACCAGACUGGUGUGUGACCAAAUUUCAUUACAGGAUACAGUGCAGAAGCAGAACUUAAUUAGAAGUCCUGAGCCGAAGAAGAGUAUCCCAAUGCUUAAGUUCAAGACUUUCAUAGGUACGAGGAAGAAGAGGAACGAAUCCUUGCAGACAAAGACUCCUGUGUUACACAAGAAGGAGUUGGAUAAGUAUUUACCUACUAAGAUAUUUCCUGUGUCUCCUUUGAUAAAUAAGAAGAAGAUUACGUUUAAGAAUUCAGGACACUUGGAACAGAUUGCUAGAGUCAGAACUCAUAAUAUUUACAACCCCACCACUGGAGAUUUUGAUAGAUUGUGCAGGAGGAACCUAACUUUUGGUCUGAAGAGUCAUAAUACUAGUCUCGAUGAUACUAAGAAUACUAGGGCAUCCAGCCAGUUGGCAACCGAAACAGUUAAAAAUCGCUAUGAGUCUUUGGUAAACCAGAAAUUUAAGCGUAAAGUGAAUAGGAAGGCAUCUGAAGGUGAUAAAAUGAAAUUACUAUAUACAUCUUUUGGUUACAGGCUUCACCAGGAUUCUAAAUUUAGAAGGAAGAUGAUAAGCCGUGCAGACAAGAGGUUCAAUAGCAUUGACGCAUGCGAGUUAUUAUAACCUUAACUGUUUAGUAAAUUUGUGGAGUUCCAGUACCCCUUGUCUAAAUUUAUCAAAUUUUUGCUUCUAAAUUUCUCAAGGAAAUUUUAGAACUCUUUGGAAUAUUUGUAGGAAUUUUUCAUUUUGAAUUCCUGAUUUGAGUACGGAUUAUGAAAAAUUUAUUUUCGAUGCCUAGUUAGCAUUUGAUAAUAAAUUAAAGAGUUUCAUUGGUUUUAGAAUUUGAUGGACGUUUAUGAAUGAUCUGGCAAAUUUUGAGAUUUUAGAACUGGAUUUUGCACCCAGAGAUAACAAUUAGAGUUAGGUUUUUUAAAAAAGUUUUAAUGAGAUUCCUGUAUUUUAGUGGGUAAAGAAUUAUUAAAGUGGUAUUUAAUAAGCCAGAUUACAAAAUUAGGUAAAUAUGAAAAAUUUCUGACUUGAGGUUAAUUUUUUGUACUAUAUUGUUAGAUAUAAAAGAAGAAAAGUUAGAGGUUUUAUCUAUAUAAACUUAUGUCAAUAGAUUACUCCAUUUUCAGUAUUGGCUUCCAUGUCAAUCAGUGAAAUCUUCAAAAAUGUUGGUUAUUAUCUAGUCAACUCCUCUCCAAAGCACAGGUCAGAGUCUGCCAGUUAUUUUAAUAAUAUUCUGACUCUAGAUUCCUACUAGUCAAGGGUUUCAAUUGAGUAUCUAAUCUUCCAUUAUUUUAAGCAAAGUUUCAUAUCUAACCUAUUGGCUUCAAUAGAGACUUCAAACAUCGCAAAAGUUCGGUAUCUUUUCAUUUGCUCGCAUCUAGCCACCAAGAAAUUCCUCGGAUUAUAAAGAAUUUAUUCUGCCGAAAUCU